AUGGACGAAAAUCAAUGGAAAGGUGGCAAACCAAAAAAAUUGCCACAGACCAUUGUAUCAACGUUAGCAAAUGGAGGAGGAUUCAUCUUUGGAAUUCUUCUGGCAUGGUCUGCACCAGCUGGUCCACAAGUUAUCGAACAAGAAAAUUUUCGUUUCUUUGUGACAAGCAAUCAAUUCGCUUGGAUCGUAGCACUGAUGGCUCUUGGAGGCGCGCUUAGUUGCGUUUUCUCAGGGAUAAUCAGAAGUAAAAUUGGAACAAAACUUACAAUUCUUCUGUUUGGAAUACCGAUUGUUAUUGGAUGGAUAUUAAUAACGAUCCCAUUAAAUCCUGCGAUGUUGAUGGCUGGAAGAUUUCUGUGUGGAAUUUCAGCUGGUUGCUAUAGCUACGUCAUUCCUAUAUACGUAGGAGAAGUUUCAUCAAACGAUAUUCGUGGAAGCAUGCUCAGUCUCUUCCAAGUUUGCUUAACCAUUGGCAUUUUGUUCACAUACAUUGUGGGACAUUUCUUUAAUCUUUUUAUACUUAACAUUGUAUGUGCAACGAUUCCUAUAUUUUAUUCCUUAGGAUUUUUGAUUCUUCCGGAAUCAGCUUCUUAUUUAAUCAGCAGAAAUCGAGAAAACGAUGCUGAUAAUUCAUUGAAAAAAUUAAGAGGCAAGCAUUAUAAAACUUCAAUUGAAAUUGAAGAUUUACAAAGACAAAACCAAGAAUUUAAGGAACAAAAGAAAAAUAUCAGCGAAAUUUUUAAGACAAAAUCAACAAUGAAAGCUUUCAUCAUUAUUAUGUUGCAAAUGACUUUCUUUCAAAUGUCGGGAAUCAAUGCUUUUCUAUUUUUUUCAACCACGAUCUUUAUUGAAUCUGGGAUAGAUUUCGAACCUGGAAUGGCAAGCAUUAUUGUGGCAUCAAUACAAGUUCUUGCAAGUUUCUUUUCUGUUGCUUUUGUAGAUCGUUUCGGCCGAAAACUUAUUCUGAUAUUGGCUUAUAGCUUAAUGCUCAUUGGUUUAAGUGGAAUUGGUACAUUCUUCAUAUUGAAAGAUUUGGAAUUUGAUGUCAGUUUCUUGCAAUGGUUACCAGUUACAUCCAUGUCCAUCUUCAUGAUUGGGUUCGCUGGGGGGAUGGGACCAGUUUCUUAUGUAUUGCUAGGUGAACUUUUCUUGCAAGAGGCCAAAGCUUUUGUUGCACCAUUUGGCCAGGUUUGGAAUUUCUCUCUGACUUUUGUCAUUGGAUUGACUUUUUCAAUGAUGACAGAAGCAAUGGGAACGGGUCCAUCAUUUUUGUUUUUUGCAAUAUUUUGUGUGUUAGGAUUGUUAUUUACAAUUUUUGUGAUUCCCGAAACAAAAGGGAAAACCACAGAUGAAAUUCAAUUGGCAUUAAGAUAAAUGUUUGACAAAGAAAAUAGAAAAGAGAAGAUUUUUACGACA